AUGGCAUCCUCGACUAUAGGCUCUUCAGCCGCCCUAACAUUCGAGUUGGGCGCUCGCUGCUCAACAACGAGAGCCCGCGCUUCUAUUCUGACGCUGCCACACGGGCCGGUACGAUUACCUGUAUUCAUGCCUGUGGCUACGCAAGCUUCACUCAAAGGAUUGACCCCUGAGCAGUUGGAGGAAACCGGAUGUCGCCUCUGCCUGAACAACACGUAUCAUCUAGGCCUGAAGCCUGGGCAAGAUGUCCUGGCCUCGGUUGGCGGUGCUCAUAAGUUCCAGGGCUGGAACCACAACCUUCUCACAGACAGUGGAGGCUUCCAGAUGGUCAGUCUCCUAAAGCUGGCGAAUGUUACGGAGGAAGGCGUCCGCUUUCUCAGUCCCCAUGACGGCUCCCCGAUGCUACUCACCCCCGAGCAUUCGAUCUCCCUGCAGAACACGAUAGGGAGCGACAUCAUCAUGCAAUUAGACGACGUGCUCGUCACGACCUCGCCGGACAAAGUGCGCAUGCGCCAGGCCAUGGAACGUAGCGUCCGGUGGCUUGACAGGUGCAUCGCGGCACACAAGAACCCGACGACGCAAAACCUCUUCUGCAUCAUUCAGGGCGGUCUCGACGUGGAAAUGCGGCGGGAAUGUUGUCGGCAAAUGUUAGAGCGAGAUACGCCCGGUAUCGCUAUCGGCGGAUUGAGUGGCGGCGAGGCCAAAGUAGACUUCUGCAAGGUCGUCGAGACGUGCACGGAGAUGCUACCCGAGCUGAAGCCUCGAUAUGUUAUGGGUAUCGGAUACCCAGAGGACCUGGUAGUUAGUGUCGCCCUUGGUGCAGACAUGUUUGACUGUGUAUGGCCUACACGGACUGCUCGUUUCGGAAAUGCCAUCACCAAACAUGGCGUACUUAAUCUUCGCAAUGCUCAAUUUGGGAAUGAUUUCGGACCCAUAGAGGAAGGUUGCGGCUGCCUCUGUUGUCGCCCGCAGCAUCUGGGUGUCACGCGGGCGUUCAUCUCACACAACGCCGCUAAGGAGACGGUCGCCGCUCACCUACUAACCAUCCAUAAUGUGUGGUACCAGCUAAACUUGAUGAAACAAGUACGACAGUCCAUCAUCGAGGACCGCUUUCCCGCCUUCCUCCGGCAGUUUUUCUCCGACCUCUACGAUGACAAGUCGAAGUACCCGGAAUGGGCUGUAGAUGCGCUCAAGAGAGUUGGUGUAGACCUCUUGAACGACGAUGCAUAG